AAUGAAUCCUCCUCUUGGUGGAAAGAUAAUAAACUGUCCAGGUAAAAGAGUAGCUGAUUACCUAUUUAUCAAAGAGAUAGGUAAAGGAGCCUUUGGAUAAGUAUUAAUUUUGAAUUAGGAUAGGUAUUUCAAGCAAAAAAUAUGUUAACAAAUGAGGUGGUUGCCAUAAAAUGUAUAGCAAGAUCAAAGCUAAGUGAUCAUGGAGGAAUAGUUGGACAAUUAAUUCAAAGUGAAGUAGAAGUGUUAAGAUAAAUCCAUAAUUAACAUGUUGUUAGAUUAGUGUAAUAUUUGGAAUCUGCAAAUUAGUGUUAUAUAGUAUUAGAAUAUUGUAAUUGUAAUAAUAUCUGAUUAAUAAAUCAGCUGGUGAUUUUGAAUAGUUGUGGUAAAGUAGAAAUAAACGAAUUCCAGAGAAUGAUGCUAUAAAUUAUAUGAAAUAAGUAUUGGCUGGUAUGUAGGCCUUACAUGAGAAAAACAUAUUGCAUAGAGAUCUCAAGUUAGCAAAUAUAUUAAUACAUAAUUCUACUUUAAAAAUUGCAGAUCUAGGAUUCUGUAAAUAAUUGAGUGAUCCAAAUUAAUAAGAGAAAUUAAGUCUAGGAUCAUUAGGAAAUAUGGCACCAGAAGUAGUAGAAUAAUAACCUUAUGGAAUGGCAGCAGAUAUGUUUUCAAUUGGCAGUAUGUUUUAUCAACUUAUAUUUGGAUAAUUUCCAUUUACUAAUUAAAAUUAACAAAAAUUCUUAGAAGAUAUAAAAAACAGUAAAAUAUUUCUAAAUAUAUUAAAGACAAACCAAAUUUCAGAAGAAAUGGAUUAGCAAUUUCUUAAGAAUUGGAAUGGUUAUUAGAGAGAAUGUUAAUUAAGGAUCCAAAUCGGAGAUUGAAAUGGAGUGAACUUUAUUCCCAUCCAUUGAUGCAAUAAAAAGAUUUAAGUAGGUAUGUAAUCUAUAUAAGGAUAUGCUUAAUUAUCUUUGAAUGCUAUACAAGCAGACUUAAUUAAUACAAAAGAAAUAGAACAAUUUUAUAAGGAUAAAGAUUAAAAUAAAAUGGUGGAGAAGCCUUAAGACAUUCUUUCUAGAUUAAAUAUUAAUAAAUAAUAAGAAUUUGUUAGGGUUGUGUCUUAAUAAUUAAUUGAAGAUGACGGAACUCCUGGUUAAAUGGAAGACAAUAUUAAAUAGGUUGAAUAAUUAUAAUUAAAUAUGGAACAAUAAAUAUAAGAAGAUAAAUUAGUUGAAUAAUAUAUUGAUAAAUAUAUGAGAUUGAGAGAUGAAAUCGUAUAUGUAUCAAGAACUUUAAAUGAAGCAUUUGAAAAUCUUGGAUUAGAUUAAUGUUGUUUACUUUGUCUUAUGUUGGCUAAAAAGAUUUAUAUUUUAAAUGAACGAUUAACUAAGACUUUAUUAGAGAAGGAUAAUAUAUUCUAAAUUAAUGAGCGGAUAUUAAUAAAAGUUUAUGCACAUCAACAUUUCUAAAAGUUUAUAUAAUAAAUUGUAGAAGAAACUACAUUUGCUAAAGAUUAUGUUACUUAUUUUGCAGAAUCAUUAUAGUAUCUUUUAUAUAUUAUAUUAUUAGACUUUAGCCAAAGUUAUUUUAAAAUAAAUAAGAUUGGCAUUCAGAAAUUUCUAAAGAGAUUUCAUAUUAAUUUAAUUCAAUUUUUUAAGAAGUUCUUAAUGAUUUUGUAUUCAAAUUAAUGGAAUAGACUCAUUAAGUUAAUGCAAAUCAAGAAUAUGAUGAUUAAAAAAAAAAGAAUAUUAAUAAACAUUAUUUCUAAUUAUAAAUACAUUUAAUUGAUUGCAGUAAAUAUGAUAAAAUUUAUAAUAAACAUGGGGUAAUAUUAUUUUUAAAUUUAAUAGAAAGUGAAUAUUUAUGAAUAAUUUGAUGGAUUAGCUAAUAAACCAGUUUUAGAUUUGUAAACAAUAGCAUAAUAGAAAUUUAAUGAAAUGUUUGAAUGA